AUGCCUUCCAACGAGUUUACGAAACAUGUGUUCCAGCCUUGGGAAGAAAGAAUGAAGGAAGCCCAUGAUCGGAAAACUCUUGUUCUGCUCUUGAAUUUGGAUCCCACAUACACCUCACACGAAGUUGAGGAUAAAUUCCAAGCAUGUUGUAAUAACCAAUAUUUUCUGUUUCAGUCUUUACUGUUAAUGUCUCUAAAGAACAUAGUAUGGCAUGGUCUUGGAUACGGUUGCACAGCAAAAAUGGUGCCUCAUACUGCCUUAUCUAGCCCACAUUCUGGACAAGCUUUUGCUAUUUUUAAAACUCCGGAAGCUGCAAAGAAGAUUGUUAGGAAGCUUGAUGAGGAGUGCUUAAUUCUCCCUAAUGGAAGGGCUCUUGUAGGUGUCUUUAAAGUUCUAACCUUCUUUGGAAAGAAGUCUUCAUUUCCUGGGCAUCUGGUCAUUGAUAAGCUUAGAAACCAAAUGUCACGAGAAUUGAGAGAAGCAGUUUCUACUUCUCAUACUUCUCAACCUAACAACCUUGAGUAUGAGAUGGCACUAGAUUGGCGAAUGCUUCAAGAGAGAUCGAACGCGUGGUGGAAUACAUUGCAUAAGAAACAAAUAGAAGAAAUUGAAAGUUUGAAGACGAAGCUGCAGUCAAAGUGAUCAAAUCACUGUAUUGAAAUUUCUGGAUUAGGAGUCCAUGCUAGAGGUCCUAGUGUGCUGCUUCGGCAAGGGAUAUGAAAGUUAAAAUGCUAAUCAUGAUGGAUGAAUUUUGCUCUUCAGUGUAUAUGAUGAUGUAAUGAUUUUGGGGAAUGUUCGGCUCAGCAACUUCCAAGAACAGAGGGAGUUCUUCCCUUGUUUUUUGUAUGACUACAUUUUUUGCAGGUUGCUACUGCUGUGAUGCCUGGUGUAUAUGUACAUAUAUCUUAGGAGUAUAUACUUUGUAUAUAAAGAAACUUAGUCUUUGCAAUGUUUACCAUUUUGUGGCUGACACUGUUUUGUUGCA